AUGGGCGCGGUGGGCUGUGGUGGGACUGCGGGCGGCGGCGGUGGUGGCAGCGGUGGCGGCGGCGGUGCGUGGGAGGGCCCCGCCGCGUGCCCCGUGUGUCUCAAGGUGCUGUCCAACAAGUACAACCUCCGCACACACAUGGAGGACAAGCACUCCCCGCUGCAGCACGUGUUCCCCUGCCCCAUCUGCCAGCACGUCUACAAGACCCGCAACUCGCUCCACAACCAUUUCUCCAUGCGCCACCGCGGCCUUAAGAUGCCCAAGAUCAGCUGCCGAAAGAAAUCCUCAGCACAGGAACCUGAAGAAGAAAAGUUGAUCCUCAUGUGCGUGGGCGGGGUACUGGUAGACAACAAGCCUAAGUGGCAGUGCCCCGUGUGCUACAAGUUACUGAGCACGAGGUCCAACUUAAAGAUCCACGUGCAGGACAAGCACUCCUCGCUGCAGCACGCCUUCCCCUGCCCCGUGUGCGGCCACGUGUACAAGACGCGAAACUCCCUGCACAACCACAUGAGCAUCCGGCACCGCGGGGUCAGGAUGCCGCCGCCCCCCCCGCACCCGCUGCCCUAG